CGUAGAAGUUGCAGCAUAUUGCACGUUAGUUGACCUCCUUGUGUUUAAAUUCCAUCUAAUCGAAAUGGAUCAUGGCGGUGACUCGGGCGGUUCAAGUACUGUCGAUUCUUGUAAAAUGAAGAUGUAUUUCCAUGCCCGCCACUGCGAACAAAUACUCUGGCUUGGGUGGUUUCCCCACACUGUGACAAAUUUUGUACUCUCCGCAAUAGCAAUUUUUUUGCUUUCCUUCUUAUAUGAAGCUCUCAAGUUCCUGCGUGAACAAUUGCAGAUUCGUGAUGCGCGGAAAGAGGCCGAAAAGAUGGCUCUGGAGUUGCGGAAUAAGAAUAAUGAUAGCGGCUGCUCCGGCGGCUGUUCCAACGCACCGCUUGCCGAGCUAAGGGAGAAAACUUACACGGAACGGUUAUUAUCUUCGGGUCAUAUUGUGCAAACGUUUCUCAUCCUGAUUCAGAUUUUCAUGUCCUAUAUGCUUAUGUUGAUUUUUAUGACAAUGAACUACUGGCUGUGCUUAUCCGUCAUCUUAGGUCUGGGUGUUGGCUACUUUUGUUUUGGUUGGAUAAAAAAGGAACCAGAGACUGGCGAGUGUUGUCCCUGAGCACUGUCCGGGAGUUAAAUUAUUCGUUAUAGUACAAUCCAUCAUAUCGAUAUUGAUUGAUAAUUAUAAAUUAUGCCACGGAAUUACUCCUAUACGUAUGUACAUAGGCUCGUAUGUACAAACAAGAAAAGAAUUCUGAAGGAACUUAUAAGUGUGUAUAAGAUAAGUUUGAGCAAGGUUCUUGUUACAAUUUCCCCACACAUUUGAUAGCAUUUUUAUCUAUCGUAGAUACAUUUGAUAUUGGAACGUUAAAAGACUAGUUUUUUAUACUUCAUAAUACCUUAUAAACACAUAUGUAUUAUUCAAAGUA